CCACCAUGCCACACACAGGGCCGCCGACGCGGUGCGGUCCAAGUAGCAGCGAUGGUCGCCCCGUCCGGCCGCGCGCGACCUCAGUUUUUCUUUCUUCUUCUAAUUGACCCUGUUCUCCUUUCUGUCGCGUAAUCUGAGUAUUAGCACUCUCAAGAUGUCAGCCAAACACUUCAUAAACGACCCCACGCACCUGGUCAACACAGCCCUGCUGUCGAUUCCGCACACCAAUCCGGCGGUACAAUGCGACAUCCAGAACAAGAUCAUCUACGUCUCCCCGUCCGCGCUGCCCAGCCCGCAAGUCUCCAUCAUCAGCGGCGGCGGCUCCGGCCACGAGCCCAGCUUCGCGUCCUUCGUCGGGCCCGGCCUGCUCGCCGGCGCGGUAGCGGGGACCAUCUUCGCGUCGCCGUCCGCAGAGCAGAUCCGGCGCUGCAUACUGCACCGCGUCGACCGGCAGCGCGGCGUGCUGGUCGUGGUGAUGAACUACACGGGCGACGUGCUGAACUUCGGCAUGGCGGUGGAGAAGGCGCGCGCGCAGGGCGUGGCGGUCGAUAUGGUGGUUGUGGGGGACGAUGCGGGCGUGGGGCGGGCGAAGGGCGGGAAGGUGGGUCGCAGGGGCAUCGCGGGGACGUGCUUGGUGCAGAAGAUUGCGGGCGCGCUGGCGGCGAGGGGGGCGAGCUUGAAGGACGUGUCCCGCAUAGCGAAACUGACCGCGGACAACCUCGUCUCGAUCGGGUCGUCGCUCGCGCAUGUCCAUGUCCCCGGGCGCAGCGUGGCCGAAGGCGGCGACGACGAGCUCGGAGAGAGCGAGGUCGAGAUCGGAAUGGGCAUCCACAACGAGCCUGGCUCCGAGCGGAAAACGACCGAUCUGCCGGGCCUGGUGAAGACGAUGCUCUCGCACUGUCUAAACGCGUCAGACAAGGACCGGAACUUCCUCGACAUCUCGGGCAAAGAUGACGUUGUGCUGCUGGUGAACAAUCUGGGCGGAGUUAGCGUCCUAGAAAUGGGAGGUAUCACGAACGAGGUCGUUGAACAGCUAGCCAGUGACUGGAACAUCAAGCCGGUGAGAAUAUUGUCGGGCACUUUGAUGACUAGCUUGAACGGUCUUGGCUUUAGCAUCAGUCUGUUGAAGGUGACAGAUACCGGUCUGGGUCAGGGGUCGUCUAUGCUGGAGCUACUUGACGCGCCUUCAGAAGCAAGCGGAUGGUCUGCGGCGGUGAAGAGCGACACAUGGUCGAAACGGGGACAGUCCACAAAGCAGGAGGAGCAUGAUGGUGUGGAAGAGGUGCCUUCUAGUAACCUAAGGAUGGAUCCCACAUUUGCUAAGUCAGCUUUGACGACAGCGCUCAACAGACUCAUUGUCGCGGAGCCGGAUAUCACGAACUACGACACAAUUGUGGGCGACGGAGACUGUGGUAUUGGCCUGAAGCGCGGUGCUGACGCGAUUCUGAAGAUGCUGGAGAAGUCGAAGAAAACAGAAGAUCCCCUCGUUUUCCUGCACAACAUCAUCCAAGUCGUUGAGGUGGCCAUGGACGGUACUUCAGGCGCCAUUUAUGCCAUCUUCCUGAACGCGCUGGCGCACGGCAUCCGUCAGAACUCUUCCUCCUCGGCACAGCCAAUCACUCCCGAAGUCUGGGCUAAGGCUCUGAGUACAUCUCUUGAGUCGCUGGGCAAAUACACGCCAGCAAAGCCAGGCGACCGAACGUUGAUGGAUGCGCUAUAUCCAUUCGUCGAGACACUCUCAAAAACGGGCGAUGUCGACUCAGCAGCGAAAGCGGCGGCAGAGGGAGCGCAAGGCACAAAAGGGAUGAAAGCCAGUUUGGGACGGACGGUAUACGUCGGCGGCGAGGGGUGGCAGGGCGUUCCAGAUCCAGGCGCGCAUGGCCUCGCCGAGCUCCUAUUGGGUCUGAGCGAAGGAUUGAAGAAGUAAGAUAUGGUUUGAUUGACUGACUGCUGAUUCAUUCCGCCAUUCCGCCUCCGUUAUGUAAAUUUUAGGCCCUCAAAACUCCAUGUCGUAAUUCAG